UCUCCUUUCCGCCCUCAUGAUUAGUAUCUGAGUGACCAGGCUCCCACAUCUGGUCCCCACAACCGACCUCUCCUGUCCCCCUCUCACGUGCUCUUUUAAGCCGAAUUUUUCUCGUGCCCAAAGAUGGAAGCAUGGGUUCCUCACGUGUUUUCGAGCGCUUAAAUAAUCUUUCCGAUCAUCUUCCUGCGAACAACGUACUCCUUCAGUUUCCUCUUCAUUUCUUUUCUUUUUUCUUUUUUCAUUACUACCAAUGGACGUUGAAAACGAGUCGUCUUCUAAUUCGAACGACCUCCCUCCCUCGCUUGUGCGCUCCAGUGGUAGCUCUUCCUCACACAUGCCAUCUCCCGCCACAACCCACAAGCGCAAAGCAGGCCGGAAGAAAUUCCGUGAGACGCGCCACCCUGUCUACCGUGGCGUCCGUCAAAGAAAUGGAGACAAGUGGGUGUGCGAGGUUCGCGACCCCCACACUAAGUCGCGGAUAUGGCUCGGCACAUUCCCUUGUCCGAAGAUGGCCGCAAGAGCCUAUGAUGUGGCAGCCCUCGCCCUCCGUGGGGACUCAGUCCCGCUCAAUUUCCCUGACUCCAUGUGGGCCCUUCCUCGCGCCCAGUCAUCCUCAGCAAAGGACAUACAGACGGCAGCGAUCGCAGCCGCUGAGGCGUUCCGUCCUUCCGAAUCCAUGUCGUCUACUAACAUCCCGAUUCUCCACAGCCCUCCAGAACCGACGGCUGUCUUUGUCGACGAGGAGGCCAUGUUUAACGUCCCGGGCCACCUUGCCAAUAUGGCAGAAGGAUUACUUCUUAUGCCACCUGCUAUGCAGAAAGGCUUCGACUGUGAUGACGUGGAUUGCCAUGUGGACCUGUCUCUGUGGAGUGACUAACUGGACACAUUUUGCAAAUGUGCACGCAUCAUGGAAGCGGAUUAGCUGCUGACCGCACACCAGCGUCCUCGCGGGUGUAGGUACGUGGCGCUUGCAGAAGAGCCCUGUAGUACUCGAGACCGUAAAGGCACUAACAAUGGAAAGAAGAUCAAAGAUUUGUGGGUCCAUCAUGAUGUAUUUAUUAUAUCUACACCGUCCAUUCAUUUGACGAGAUCAUGCCCUAAAAUGAGUCAUAUCCAAAGUUUAAGUGGACCACAUCACAAAUAGCAUUGUCCCACCAUUAACACAUUGGUAGGCCUACGAUAAUAUUUUUUUCUCCAUCCAUUCUGUUCAUUAGGUUGCACAAACAUGGACUUAGAGAAAAACAAAUAUCAAAUUGAUCUAAAACUUCUAUGACCCCCAGAAGGUUUCAAUGGUAGAGGUUUUGUAAUAACCAUAAAUUUUUGUACACUUAAAAACACUAUUAGUGGUUAAAUUUUAAAAUUUUUAUCUCAGAACAAAAAUAA